AUGAAGCUGUUACAACAAAAUGAGGAUUCAACAAAGGAUAGAAAGUUUAUAAAAUCUCAGGUGGAGAAACGUCGAAGAGAGAGGAUGAACUCGAGUCUGGAGCGUCUGAGGACCAUGUUGGUUCAAGAGCCACAACAACAGGUACCUCGGAUCAGAGUGGAAAAGGCUGAGAUCCUUGAGCACACAGUCCUCUUCUUACAGAAGACUGCAAAAAAGGACAAAAGAGCUAGAGGUGGUGGUGGAGGCCAGAAACACUCCUUCCAAGAGGGAGUCUCUACCUGCCUGCAGAGAGCCGCUCAGUUCCUGGGACCUGAGGGGAAAGGCCUGUGGCUUGGAACAGCCCUAGAUGCAUCUUUUGCUGCCAGAUUUUCCCGUUCAGACUCCGACUCUGCAUCAGCCUUCCUUAAAAGAACUGGAGCUCACUCCUCCAGCUCCCUGUCACACACAAAGUCCAUUCUCCGGAUGCUGAGACAGAAAUCCAAGCACAGACUUCACACAGGAGCAGCCUGCAGUCCGAAGAGUUUUGCUCAUCCGUACCAACUUCCAGUGCAGAAAGAGUUCCCCACAGUUCCCCAACAGGCUCAGACACAAAAUCAGACCGGGAGCCCAUCCCAAAGCAGCCCAGUCAGCCAGACUCUCUGGAGGCCCUGGCCUUGA